CAUCCGGAGGGGGCGACGCGGGAGGACCUCUCUGAGUUUAGCACUUUAGUCUGAUAAAUAGCUGUUAUUGUUUACUGACAGGCACCGGUUCUGUAGGACAAACCGAACUCUUAUCUUCGGAACGUUUGGAUUUUACUGGAACUUUCCUUCAAGUUUACCCCGGGAGAUAUAACGGUAGCCUGAUGCCAUCCAUGUUAACUAUGCCAAGCAUGAACUACGAUUAUGACUACGACACGGUGCAGCCCUACUUUCUGCUGGACUGCGAGGAGGAGGACUUCUACCUGCCCCCCUGCAGCCAGCACCUCCCAGGCCCCGGCGAGGACAUCUGGAAGAAGUUUGAGCUGCUGCCGACGCCCCCUCUGUCCCCCAGUCGGAGACCCUCCAUCUCAAACGUGCCCCUCUCCGCUGCAGAACACCUGGAGGCGGUGACCGACCUGCUGGAUGAGGACUGCAACCCCUCAGCGGCGCUCCUCCAGUCCUUCAUCAUCCAGGACUGCAUGUGGAGCAGCAGCUUCGCUGCCGCCACCAAGCUGGAGAGGGUGGUGUCCGAGAGGCUGGCCCUUCUGCAGGCACGCCGGGACUCUGCGACCAACAUUGACGCUGACAGAGCAGCUGAUCAGCAGGUGAGCAGCUCUCAGGAGAGCACGACGUACCUGAAGGACCUCCAUGCUGCAGCCACAGACUGUAUCGACCCCUCGGUGGUGUUUCCGUGCCCCACGCUGAGUGAGAAGAGCGAUGAAGACGUGGCGAUGGAGGUAGCAUCAGAACUGUGUCUGGACUCUCCGCCUCUCAGCAGCAGUGACAGCGAAUCAGAAGAAGAAGAAGAGGAGGAGGAUGGGGAGAUCGAUGUGGUGACGGUGGACAGGCGAACGGCGUCUCGGCACUCAGAAAACAGCAGCAGGCGGAGCAUCUCCCCGCUGGUCCUGAAACGCUCUCACAUCGACAUCCACCAGCACAACUACGCCGCCCAGCAGCCCGCAGGGAAACGGCUCAAGCCCCAGAGCACCUGCCCGGCGCCGAGGCAGAGCAGUCCUCGGUCAGACGGCGAGGACUACGAGGACAAACGCAGGAUUCACAACGUGCUGGAGAGGCAGCGCAGGAACGAGCUGAAGAUGAGCUUCCUGACUCUGAGGGACGAGAUCCCGGCACUGGCGAACAACGAUCGCGCGGCGAAGGUGGUCAUCCUAAAGAAGGCGACUGAAUUUAUCAAGGAGAUGAGAGAGGAGGAAAGGAGGCUGCUGACGACGAAGGAUGAGCUGAGGAGGAGGAGCAGAGAGCUGAGGCACAGACUGAAGCAGCUCAGGACUUUAUAGCCGUGUUUCCAUCAGGGGUCCGGUUUGAUUCAGUUCGGUUUGGUAUGGUUUGGUACGCUAAACCCCAAAGUAGUUUGCGUUUCCACAGACACCCGUGCUCUCACUUGGUUGGGCGAGGCUGU